AUGGCCGGCAACUACGUCGACUACAGCCGCCGCCGGCGAGGCACCGGCACCGCCUCGGACAGCGCCAGCGCCGUUCCAGAGUCCAACACCGACGACCCCUUCAGCGACGAUACCUCCCGCCCGCCCCGCCAGAGCACCACCGUUCGCGACGCCCCCGUCGAGGACCAGGUAUCGGAGUCAACCCAGCCCCUCGCAGACGACCGCGGCGUAGAGGGCCCCUUUGCCGACACCGAGGCCACCCAGCCCCGCUCCGGCCGCCGCCGCCGCCACCGCCCCGCCCAGGUCGAGCGCGUCGGCACUCAACCCAACGCCCCCGACCGCGACGACGACGAGCCGGCCUUCUUCGACCCCACCUUCCCCGACUACCGCGACGAGGCGCCCCUCCAGAUGCCCUUUUUCGACCACGUCGUCGCAGACUAUGGCAACUACGGCCUCUUUAACCGCAUCCGCCUCAACUUCCGCCAGCUCGUCUCGUUUGGCAUUUCGACCUCGGCCAUGGGCAUCGUCCUCGUCGCCGCCUACUUUGCCUACCUCAACCCGUUCAAAAAGAGCCCGCCCCGCGCAAAGACCGACCGCGAGUACGAGCGCAGGAUCACGGGCGAGCGCGGCAGCGGCAGGCCCGCCUACUACGCCGAGUUCUGGGGCUACAACUGCGACGAGCACGACAUCAUCACCGAGGGCGGCUGGAUCCUCAAGGCGCACCGCAUCUCGGACCCGCGCCGCCCGGGCCCGCCGGGCCACCCCGUGGUGCUGCAGCACGGCAUUCUCUGCAACUCGUCGCACUUUGUCAUGAACGAGGAGCGCUCCAUGGCCUUUUGGCUCGUCGACCAAGGGUUCGACGUGUGGGUGACCAACAUCCGCUCCAACUUCAAGGCCGGCCACACCGAGUACACGCGCAGCGACCCGCGCUUCUGGGCCUGGGGCCUCAAGGAGCUCGCCUACGACCUCAAGGACCUGGUCGACUACGUCACCGCCGCCACCGGGCGCCCGCAGCUGGCCUACGUCGGCCACUCGCAGGGCAGCGGCUCCAUGUACCUCGCCCUCUCGCCGGGCAUCUGCCCCGAGAUUGGCGACAAGCUCAGCUGCUUCAUCGCCCUCGGACCGUCGGUCUACGCCGGCUCGGUGCUGCGCAAGUUCCCCUUUUCGCUGCUGCGCCAGUUCCGCUCGCGCCGCUGGUGGGGCCUCGUGUUUGGCGUGCGCGAGUUUAUGCCCGUGAUUGGCAUCGCGCAAGAGUUCCUGCCGACGUGGUGGUUCGGCCACAUUGCCUUCGUCAUCUUUGCCUUCCUGUUUGGCUUCCACGACCACAACUGGCUGGCGCGCCAGAAGCCCAAGAUCUUCCGCAGCGUGCCCAUCCCGACGUCGAGCGAGCUGCUGUACUGGUACAUGAGCGGCUUCAGCCACCGCGGCUGCAUCUUUGACCCGCGCAUCACCGAGCCCUGGUUCGGACGCCGCUUCCCGCCGCACUCGAUCUUUUACGGCGACAUCGACCACCUCGUGCUGGGCAAACCCCUCGUCCAGCGCAUCCAGCGCUACGAAAAGAACCUCGACAUGAUCCACGUCGUCGAGCUCCAAAACUACGAGCACCUCGACAUGAUCUUUGGCGUCGACGCCUACCGCACCGUCUUCCCGGGCAUCCAGGACACGAUCCUGCAGAGCAUCGACCCGGAGCUCGAAAUGGGCCCCGAAAUGUCGGAACGCAGCGCCCGCUGA